CAUGGCCGUACCGGCAUGAAGAGACUUUCGAGUUUUCGAGUUGCGAGACUUUAGUUUUUAUUAGAGUUUAUGUGGAUGGCCGUUUGCUAUGUUUUGCUCGUAAACAGCCAAUAUAUCACGAGAAGAAGAUACUUGAGUAUUGAGUGUAGUUUGAAUUCGAGUUGAGUUUAAAUGGUGUAAAUUGAAAAACAGUUUGAAACAUGGCGGACGAAAAUGAGGAUCAGUGGCUAUACGGUGAUUCUGUCGAUGGUAAAGAAUCUACGGAACCGAUUCCGGAUUCUAUUCUUGAAGGAAAUGAAACAUCCUUUGAUCCCCACGAGGAAUCAUCUAUUCUUGAUAACGAGGGAAACUUGGAAAACGGGAACCUAAUGGUCCUUCCCGAGGAACUGGGUGUCCCAGGAGAUGAGUCACAAUCUCUCCUGAAUGAAUCAAAUGCUGGUGAUACUGGCACGAACGAAAAUGGUACGAAAGAUAACUCAAGUCAAGAGGAUGGUGAGGCUGCAAGUGAUUCUGACUCAGAUGAUGACGUGCAUGUUGUCAUUGGUGACAUUAAGUCUACACCAGCCUACAGCAGCCUUAAUAUAAAACGAGGUGGACUCUUAAAUUCUGGAGGAGUACCUGAAAAAUUGAGUAAGCAGCCUGGCAAGUUCAGUAUUGAUGAAUUUGAAACUAUCGGCGUUAUCAAUGGUAUCCCCGCUCAUGAGUUUAACCUCGACCAAUUGGAAGACAAACCCUGGCGUCAGCCCGGGGCUGAUAUAACGGAUUAUUUUAACUAUGGAUUUAAUGAAGAAACGUGGCGCGCUUAUUGUGAACGUCAGAAGCGUAUGAGAAGCGAAUCUGGUGUUGGAUUAAUCUUGAAUGCCGGUAGCGGUGGCGGAAACACGGGAGGUCCAGGUUCUCGAAUACCACAAGUGACAAUUACGAAUUAUAACAGCAAGUACUCGGGCAUUAUGGGCCCAAAGAGAGCUGGCCCGCCACCGGGUAGGAAGAUGGCAGGAACGAUAGAUGUGAUUGGCAGUACCGGCUUAGCUUCGCGAAGGAAUCUCGAUAAAUCGCCACCAAAAGAAAAUGUCAUUCAGGUUAUGACAGCGGACAGGAGGGAAUAUUCGAGAAAACCAGGAUUCCCCGAUAUGAGUGUUCCUCCUCCAGUGACCAUGCCCCCGCCUCCUUUCGACAUACCACCACCUGGAUAUUCGGAACCAGUGCCAUACUUUGUACCUGAGGUAGACCCGUAUUAUCAAAGCUAUGAGCCAACUCAGGAUAGACAGUGGGGAAAUGAUCCGCCAUGGCAACCAGCAAAUUUGGCUAUUCCGUUAACGGGUGGCGAUGACAAAGAUGGCGGUCCCAAAUCUAUUCCAACUAUGGUCCCACCAGUUUCAAUGCCUCCUAUGGUCUCCUUACGAGAUCAAAGAGAGGGAAGGGAUCGCGAUAGAGACAGAGACCGUGAUCGGGACUUGGAAUCCGCAGGACGAGACCGAGAUCGAGAGAGAGAUCGUGAAAGGGACAGAGAAAAAGAAUCUAUGGUCAAGGAUCGAGACCGAGAAAAAGAAUCUGUUGCAAGGGAUGAAGAUCGGGAUAGAGAUAGAGCACGUUCCCAAUAUCGACAUAAAGAAAGGCACCGACAUCGAUCGCGAUCGCGCUCGCGUAGACACAAGUCCAGAUCCCGAAGUCCUAGUCGCCGGAAGAAGAAAUCCAGACGCUCAGAGCGAGAACGAUCAAAAGAAGAGAGCGAAUGAUCUUAAAUAUUCUAUUUAAGCAUGCUAUUUUAAAUAUCGAUGAAUUAAACAACUGCAGUCUCAAAAGCUGCAUAUAAAACAUCAAGCUAAAGGAUUGAUUUAAACAUAUGUUCUUUUUUCUCCGAUCUACAAACAUAUUUUAGGUGUACAUAAUAUUUAGACAAACCGAGAUACACUCAGCGCACCUUUAUCGUCAUCAACUCAUUAGUAUGUUUUAAAUUUUUUAUACUGCGGUCCCAAGAAGAAACAUACAUUUGUCACAUUGUUACUUAGGUCAUAUUUUGUUUAUUAUAAGGAAAUAAACAUUAGCCUAAAAAUCA